AUAUACCGGUACGUGGGUACCCGCGGGCCGCAAACACGCGUCACGUCGAGAAGAAGUGUCACGUUGCGUCUCCAGUCGCGCGAAAUACAGAUUGCGUUCCGCGAGCUGUCAAAUUCACACGUAACGGAUCAUAUGUAUCGAGUUCCCGCGCGUUUAAAAUAUUUUAAUUUGUAAAACGUCUAAAUCAGCGGUGGCCGAUUCGGAUCGAAAGGCGAACGGCAGGUAUUGUUGUUUGAUAAAAUCAAAGAGCGAAUGGACCGACGGCUUUCUUAUGUCAACGCGAAGCGAAGGAACAGUGAUUCCUCCUUCUCUCCGGAUGUGCAUGCGUUGGAUAAUCCGGUCGAGCGAAAGUCGUGUGGACGAAUGGACCGAUCUGACGGCGGAGGAUGCGAUCGCGCGCGCUUAAAUCUUCGAUCGACUUACGAGUAAAUAUAUAUACGUAUCGAACUGUCCUGCGCGAGCUUUGUCGAUGAGAGACGCGCGAGAGUUAUUUUGAAUUUAAUACCCGAGAGUAAAGUGUCCCGCGCAUGUUCGAAAGUGCACAGCCGUAGUUUAGACACAUUGAGAAAUUUGCGUCGUUGCGUAAAAAAAGGGAAGGAAAGAAAAACACGUAGCGUUUGAUCGCGAUCUAGAGGAAUUAAUUAUUAGCGAUCCAUCGGCGAAAGCUUGAUUAUCGAUCAGAUCGAAUCUCCACGUGGAGAGUCGCGUCUAUCUUCGUUUCGUAUUCCAUGAUCGAAGCAAUAGUUCCGAGAGAGUCUAUACACGUUGCACCCAGUGCUUUUCGCGGUCGGAGUAAAUACAAACAUAGGAGAUUUAUUCGCUUAUGUUUGCGAUAAACUCAUAAAUAACUUUUAUCAUAAUGAUGUGAAAUAGAUUAAAGUAACGACGUCCAAAAAUUUCUCCGCGUUUAAAACGGGACAGAUAUAUAUUCCGGCAUUGAGUGCGUCACGUUUCGGCGAAGGAAUGAGACUAUAACCUAUUCGAUCAUUAGAAAGAGAAAGUGUGAGUGCAAGUAGUGCAAGCAACACGAACAUACUUACACACAUACAGACGUAUGUAAUGACUUUUCGUUAUCACGUGUCGUAAUACCGCGUGGUUCCGCGGUGCUUUUUCGCUGCUUUUUCGUUUUCCCGGGAAAUCUCGUGUGUGCGCGCGCGUGUGUGUGUUGUGUGUCACGUGUGCACGCUACUCGGGACAGGUGUCACGCGAAGAUGGAGACUACGUCGGGUUCGAGAAACAUGCUGGAGAAUGUGAGCCCGUCCGUUCUCGUGUUGCUGUUUCUGACUACGCUCAUCGCCGGCGGAAUUAUUUUCCUGAUACGAUAUGCCGUCAGCCGGCGGUCGCGGUCCAGCCUGGAGCAGGACUCGUCGAAAAGUCUGGAGUACAGUCCUUCUUGGAGUCCCACAGCACCGCCUUUGAGUUUCAUACCGCAAGAACCGGCGUGUUAUUCUCAUUCAUUUCGCAAUGGCCGACGCAUCCCGCUAAACAAGAGGCGCAAUAAACAGCUAACUCCUACUCAUUCUUGGUUAACUGCUACGCUUAGAGGGCAUACCGGUUUCAUCAGCGACAUGAGCUUUUCCAACAAUGGCAGAUACCUUGCAAGCUGUGCCGACGGUAUGUAGCUAAACAAAUUAGAAAA